GAGCAGUUCAGGGCUUUUUAUCCCGGAACAAGGUGUUAGUGGGACUCAGACGACGGUGUGAGCUUUGAGACGCGGUGUAUCGGACACACUCCUGUGUGAGUGGAGCUGGAGAAGGCUGGAUGAUGCAGACGUGUCGCUCCUCUUCGGUGCUGGCUGUUAGCGGCGAGGUGUCGCUUUCUUUCCAGGACGAGCUUGCUGCUACCAUCCACCGAGCCUUCGAGGUGGCGGUGGAGAUCGCGGUGGUGGAGGUCAGUAAGUUAGUGAGCCAGGUGCUGGGUGAUGUGCGCGAACAGAUGCAGGAGACGCUGAGGGAGAACACGUUCCUCAAGACGCGCCUGCAGUCCGCCGAGCACGGGCUGGACACCGGGAGGAAGAGCAGGAAGAGCAGGAGCCCGGCUGGGGAGGAUGAGGAGGAUGAGGAGCCGCAAAUCGAGUUCUCUCAGCGACACGAAAGCCAGACCAAGUGUGAGAGCCGGUGCACGGGGAAAGCAGACAGCCCAGCAGCUCAGGAAAGUGAGAAAAAGUGCCGAUAUGACAGCAGCUCUGAGAAACCGGACGAGUCUUUCUGUGAAAUCCGUGAAGAUGGAAGCGUUCGGUCACGUGACCUGGGCUCAGCAUCCUUGCCAGUGCAGUGCUGUGAUCAGAAGUCAGGUCCACCACAUGAACCUCUUAAUCCAGAGAACCAACAGAUGGCACAACACAGCCAAGAUGUACAUGGGGACCAGAAUCCACCAUCUGUUGAGCAGCCAGUCUGCAAGAAAGAGGAGAACCUAGAACCACAACUGGGUGAUGCUUCUGGAGAAGAUGAGGGGGAUGAUGAGAAUAAUCCGCAUGAAGACGAUGAUGACGUCAGGCCAAGCUGUAGCUUUAACUCUGAGCAUGAUGAAGAGUAUGAGCCAGACAAACUUUCCCUGGUUCAGUCUAAACUGUUGGAGGACUGGAGGCCUGACCUCGAGGUGCCACAAAGUGAUCAGAACGAUGACGGAAAUGCUGGCCCCAGCCGUAGUCUUGAUGCUCCAGUCAUGAUCUCUGCACCUGUUGGUGGUAAUCCCAGCUUUUCAGCCUCCUUUGAUGCUCUCUACCAAUCAGUAGCCAGAACUCAUCUUGUCCAUCCUGCUCCUCAAAAUGACUAUGUCGAGAUGAGGACAAACGUCCCCACCAGGAUUCACCAGUGUAAAAUCUGUGGGCAUUCCUUUAGUCGGGCAAGUGAUUUACGCAGACAUCAUAGUCACCGGCACAGAGUGAGAGCAGCUAACCCAGCUAAAGCAGGAAGUCCAGGGAGACCCAUCAAACAGCAGCUGUUUCCUCCAGGCUGUAGCCCAUAUCACUGCAACGAAUGUGGCCGGGACUUCAACCGCAUGGAAAACUUAAAGACGCAUUUGCGCAUACACACCGGAGAACGGCCGUACUCUUGUUCUGUGUGUGGGGUACGGUUCCGGCACUCAGGGGCACUCACACGCCACUUCCGUAUCCACACAGGUGAAAAACCGUAUGUGUGCGGGCAGUGUGGGAAACGUUUCCGGAACUGUGGAGGCCUACGUUUCCACCAGAAAUCCCACACUACAGAUAGACACAUGGUUUUGAAUUGUGUUUGAAUAAAAUGGAUUGGUUUUGGAGUUA